AAUAUUGAUAUUAAUAAACAAACGAACUUCGAAUAUGAUUUUUGGGCAAAAAGUCAAAACCCUGUUACAUCUGGUUCUCUAGUUAUUGUUAUUCUUUUACGGAAAUCCCAUUUGACUCCAUAGGAAAUCAAUUGAAACCUAUAUCCUGCAAGCCCAAGCCUGCAGGAUCUCUGCACACUCCGGGGAAUCAGCAUUUAUCGGUUUAGGGUCGAGUGUGCUUUGUUUGCUUAUAAUCGAUGCAUCAAGAGGCUGCCCAUUGCAUAAGCCAUCGGUUGGGGCUUUGCCUUGUCCAGCUCCCCCUAUGAACGCAACCCUGCUCAGGUCCAGCACCUCCCCAACUCACUCUAACAACUUGUUAGCACAAGUUCAAGUAACAUCUAGCUGCAGCCCCGGAGAAGCCCCUGGCGUGUCACACGUCUGGGAUGAAGGAAGUUCUCCUGGCGGGACGAAAAAAAGAAAAAAACGAGAGAGACGCGCGUUUGAGUUUCACUGCCCAAUCGGUACCUGAAACCUGAUUUGUUCGUAACCUAACCAUCAGCCUAGCCAUAACCUUAACCCCUUAACCUAUUCAUGGCCUUAACCAUAACCGUAACCUCUUAACCUAUCCAUGACCCUAACCAUUACUCUAACCAUUACCUCAACUCAACCCCUAAAGCUAACCAUAACCCUAAUAAUAACCCCUUAACCGUAACCAUAACCAUAACCUCGAACACUUACCAUAACACCUAAACCUUACCAUCACCCUAACCAUAGCCCUAGCCAUAACCUUAACCCUAAACUUAACCAUCACUCUAACCAUAACCCCUAAACCUUACCAUAACCCUGAGCUUAACUGGGUGAAUUUGCCACUGUAAACCCAAUGAGCCAGACUAGGUCCUGAGAAGUGGAGCUGGACUAGCUCUCGCUCCGCCCUUUCGGCUCUGAGGUGAGCACCACUUGGAUUAACCGGCAGCGAAAUAGACAGAAAAUUAUGAAGGAGUAGGUGGCAAUGCUUGUUUCCGUUUUUAGUAUUUUGACGCAAUUAAAGUAUUUAAUGUUAGCUUGUGUAGUAUCCUUCCCGCACUAUCACGAUGAUGUGUGUGUAGAAGACAAGUACCCAAUUAUGCAAUGGUUUUAGACUUCAAUCUCUUUGCAGUUUCUCGCCAAAACAUACACGUUAUAAUAAUUUCUAUGGAGCUGGAUGGGACUCUAUCCUGAGAGCAUCAAUGACUACAGUACGAGAUGGGGCUAGCCAGUAGUUUGUUUUUAUUCUACGAUAUUGUGAUGUGUGUGAUGCCAACUAGCGUAGCUCGCAAGCUGUGUUGGGACUGUCGAUAGUACGAUUAUUAUCAAUAAAGAGAGGCGAAUGGGCUGGCAACGGAAAGCAUUUUUUAUUUGUACUAAAUAUAUUUAUAUAUUAUAGUUAUAGGAUAGGAUUUUAUACAUUUGCAAUUUAAACCUUCACAUGGAUCUGAUAAAUCUGUAGUUAAGCUAUAAUGUAUAUUUAAUGUUCUCUUCACAUGCACAACCAUUUGUUCUGUAGUCCUUUGCAAAAGAUAUUUUGAUUCCAGAUAUAACACAUAAAUCACAAGAAAUUAUCAUUAACAUUAAGCUAUUACUUAUGAAUAGCCUGUUCUUAAAUGUUUGUAUCUUAAUUUACUGCCAUUCAAUAUUUAGAGAGUAGAACAUGUAUUUCUCAAUUUGAAUUAAAAAUUCAAAAUAAAUUGUGUUUGUCAUUUUAACAUAUUCAAAGUCAGCAAUUUUAUAGUAUGUUGGUGUUAUAAUUUGGGUGGUGUACUAAUUCGUUAUUUUUGUACCAGACCUCUGUUGCAAUGAACAAGGGUUCAGAAACUCACUGCAAGGAAAUAUGGAGCAGAAAAAGGCGGAUCAGAGGAGGGGAGGUUACCAGAUCCAGCAGUUCCCUUUGAAUAUUCAUGGAGAAGAACCUUUAAUCAAGGAUGAGAUUCUGGAGCCAGGCCUGGUCCACACAAGUGUACCCAACGACGUUCCAGAUUCAGUGACUCCCCUUGAAAAAGGCCAGGAAGAUGACCACAACAAACUAACAGCAAGAAACAUGUUGUGUCACUUUGAAAGGGUUGAAGAAUCUGAACUUGAUUCUCCACCAGAAGAAGGGCCAUCGCAAAAGAUCUCUCAGGAAGUUUUCAGAGUGGAUGAAUCCAUGGCAAAUAAAAAUAAUGUUACAGUUCAGACAUCUUCUAACAGGGAGGUUAAAUCUGAACAUCUCAUCCAGUUAUCAGAUGAAUUGUCUGCCUCAAUGAAGGGUGAAUCUUGCGAUUCCGGAAUCGGCUUGAAAGAAAUCGGGGUUGAUGUCCAGACAGAAUCAUCAGCACAGACAAACGAACGCAGAGGUCCUCUGAUAAUUAGAGGGAAGGGCAAAGUUCCGUAUCCACACGUUAAUCUUGCCAUCAGAAAUAGUUUGUCAAUCAUUUCCACGGCAACCUCUAGCAGAAGCCGGCCACCACAGAAGGCCAGUCUAUCUGAGCUCCAAAUCCAACCUGAAGCAGAAACCGGUCCAGUAUUGAGACUCCCGGGUAGGAGGCCUAGGAGCUUUGUUAAACAACUGCCAUUGCAGGGGACUAUGUCGCCCCCUCUAACAUCUGAUAGUUGUACAGCCAAAAAGGCAUCGGAGAGUCCCUCCAAACCUGUCGAGUCAGAUCAACAUGGUCGUGUUCCCUGCUUGGCAGCCUCUUUCCCUUUAGGGUACUUUUCAGAAGAUGCAGAACUAUCCGGUUUACAUCAAGCAUACAAGGAGAUGGAGGAAAACGUUGUUCCCUCAGCAGCUGAGGGUUUGGGACCCCCUCUGUCGGAGGUACCAAAAUCCAAAUCCACGGGAACAAGGAAACCGAGUCACAACCCAAAACGACAGGAGGCACUGCUACAGGUUGAAGCCAUAAAUCCUCAGACCCCCACAUUAGACGCAUUCGAAAAAUCCUCCUCUCAGCCAAAGAUGGCGGUGCCAGCCCAAACACAGAAUAUGGCUGGUUUUACAUCCUCAAAUAUUCCUUUGACACCAAGCCUUUUUAUAUCCUCUGUGUCUCUUCAAACAAAAGCCAAAGACUGUGCUUCUUAUCCCUCUGCUUUAGUUUGCCACAUGUCCAACAGCCUGCCUACUUUAGAUCAAUCCACCAAAAUACACUCUGUUCCUCAACUUCCUUCCGGUACCGGAAAUUCAGAUGUGUCUGCCAGUACUCCAUUUGCAGUGGUCCCUUCCAAAACUUGGUCAAAGUCUGUGGUCAUUAUUUCAAAAUCAAACAAUGCAUCGGGAACAACAUGUCCAAGAGCUCAGUCACGUCUGCAAAACUCUUUUACAUCGAUAUCCAAAGUAGAAGCAUCCUGUGAUAGGUUAGGUGUUUCAAACACAAAGGACGUACCUGAAACUAAGUUUGCUUCCACUCCAACAAUAAAGCAAGGGAAGUCAUCCAACCUUACAGAUAUUGAGGAAAAUGCAGCUUGUUCAAACACAGAAAACAUUUCCUUUGCAUCUGAAAGACCAUGUUUUGUGAACUGUGGGCCAAAGUCUUUUCCAACAACCCUCCCCAAGGUUCAGCCCUCAACAGUUGCAUCAACCCAGACAGCGUCAUCCACUAUCAGAGAAUCGUGUUCGGAUUCUAAGACAUCACCUGUGUCUAGUCCCUCUAGCUCCAGCUCAAACAAGGCUUCUACAAAGAGACACACUGUGAAAGCAUUGAAGCAGGUUGCAAAGGAGAAAACAAAGGCUGCCCCUAUCCCCCUCAACAAUGACCCGGUUCAUCCCCUCCCAGAGAUCACUAAAACCCAUUUUUUUGUGCAGCUGUCCAUGGCCCCGGUGGUUCCCUGUCAGCAAAAGGGAUCCCUCAACGAUAGUGUGGAUUGUGUAGUUGCAGAGACGGCGACACAUAAUACCAAGCGCCGGUUACAAAAAGGUUUUGUAAAACGACUUAAAGGAGCAGGACCUUCCCACGGUGCGGAGACGACCAGUAUACCCACAGAGGACGUUCUCAUAGUUGAACAUUUGGAGACGGAUGAAUACCACUCUGAUAAGGCAGGAGAGCUCGCCCAAAAGCCAGAUGCUGGGAGUCCAAAAUGCAACACUAAUAAACCAACUCCCUGUGGUCUCGAAGGCCUUAGAUCAGUAACAAACAAAUUGAGCUCUUCUACUAAAAAGCGUAGAUUAAAUCCAGAAAAGCCAAGACCUGAGGAGAGUGUCGGUUUGGUCAACAAUGCUUUUACUUUGAGGACAAUAAAGACUGAGGCAGUUUGGAUACCACCAGUACUAGAAGGCAGUAAACCUGAACUGGGAAAUGAUAGCCGCUGCGACCGGCUUCCUACAAAGUGGUCAACUAGAUACGCAACUCGUAAACGGCUCACCAGUCCUCGUCUUGUCACACGAAAGCAUCGGCCACCCUUCACUCAGUCUGGUUCCAGUUCCAGUUCCUACAACAGCCCCUCUGCCCCAAGAACCGGCAGGUACUCUCACCGGGGGUCUACCCACCCCACACCUGCAGAAACGUCCCCCCUCCCGUCGACAUCGCAGCCAUUCUCGUUCAACAGAGAAAGUCUGCUCAGAAACCAGUGUGAACAAUGUGGCCGUGUCCUCAGCAGCAAAGCAGCCCUGCAGAAGCACGUCGGCCUCCAUUCAGGCAAGAAGCUCUUCUCCUGCUCCCUCUGCAGCCAGAUCUUCCCAGACCCGCAGGCGCUAACUCGACACGGACGGGUGCACCGCAACGGGAAGAUAUACAUUUGCCCACAGUGCAACGAGGGUUUUGCGUACAGAUUCGGCCUCACUCAACACCUGCAAAUGGUGCACAGUAGAAUAAAACCCUUUGUUUGCCACAUCUGCCAGAAGAGCUACUUCUGGAGGAAAGAUUUUGAAUCCCAUUUCCGAGUCCACAGCGGAACCGCACGGCAGUUCCCGUGCAAUCUCUGUGACAAAAGAUUCAACCGGAGAGUGGAACUGGAGGUCCAUCUGAGGAGCCACAGCAGGGAGAAGAGGCAUUGGUGUCCGUACUGUGGAAAGGAGUUCCUGGACUACAGCAACCUGAAAAGGCACAAGUACACCCACACCGGAGAACGGCCCUACGCCUGUGCCCACUGCACAAAGAGCUUUGUACAGUCCGGACACUUGAAGAAGCAUUUAAGGAAUGUUCACAAGGUUGAUGUGUACGCUGAUUUGCAAUAGGUCUGUGGCAUUGUUAACUGUAGCAAUAUGCUAGAAGAUAUGACCCCACCUGAUGAAUACAAUGAGUCCUGCAAUUGUAUUGCAGUGCAAAGGUUCAAGCACUAAAGUAAAUGUUUGUUCGUAAGCUAUUGAUUAAAUUCAGAAGUGCUAAGUUCUAAGUCAA